AUGUAUUAUCAUCAAGAUCAUUCAACUUUAUUUGAAUUUAUUCAUGAUUUUUAUCAUACAUAUGAAUAUAAUCCAACUAAUUUUACUUGUUCUACUCAUUUGCAAUGUGAUUGUGGUCCUUUUUCAGCAUGUUUAGAUUGGAAUGAAGUAUGUGAUGGAGUGGUGGAUUGUCUUGACGGUCAUUUUGACGAAGAACAUUGUUGGCUACUUGAAAUUAAUCAAUGUAAUGAUGAUGAAUAUCGAUGUAUUAAUGGACAAUGUAUACCACAACUAGAUAUGUCCUAUUGUGUUAAUUCGUCUAAAUGUAUCUCACCAAAUUGUCUCAUGGACGUGAAAUUUGAUUGCCUUGGAAUGGAUGAUGAAGAUAUGAUGCACGUCAAUGACGCUAAUUUGGCAAAAUCUUUUAAAAAUUAUUUCAAAUGUGAAAUAUUAAACGAAUACAUUCAUCCAUCCCUCGUUAAAGAUGAACGUUGCGAUGAUAUUUGGUAUUGUUCCGAUGACCGAGAUGAAAUUGGUUGUUAUUUAUCUGUAACAUUAAAUUGUUCUUCAGAUGAUCACAUAUGUGUUUCACCUCAUACAAAUCAAUACAUGUGUUUAUCCGUUACGAAAGAAAAUGACGGCAUAAUUGAUUGUCUUGGUGGUAUUGAUGAACUUAAAUGUUAUUUUCCGUAUGACAGUACAGUUUUCAAACGAUUUUACUGCGAGAAUAACUUUCUAUACCUAUGCAUUCCUGGAGAUAAACUGUGCGAUAAAGCUGAAAAUUGUAAAUAUGGAGAUUAUGAACAAUUUUGUAUGAAAAUCUUGUUAGCGCAGCCCCUUUGGGGCUGA